AUGCUUCUCACGACUAAGAGCGCGGCCUUGAUCUUGGGCGCGGCCCUUGCUUCAGCCACUCCUGUGAAUGUCACAGCAUCGCCGGCAUCGAACUGCAACACCCGUCAGUUUCUCACCGUGCCCACGUCCAACGGUCCCAUCACCGGCCACCAAGCGUCCAACUCGGCCUGCGUGAUUGAAUACCUGGGCGUUCCCUUUGCGCAGCCGCCUGUUGGAGACUUGCGAUUUGCAGCACCCGCCAAGAUCAAAUCCAAGAAGCCCUAUGUGGCUGCUAGUUUUGGAUUUGAUUGUCCUUUGACGCCCUCGAAGCCUGUCGAUUAUCCCGGGUUUACGCCCCAAGCGCAGCAGAUUGUCAGCUAUUUCGCCUCCGCGGCGGGCACUCCCCAGAGUGAAGAUUGCCUUACCCUCAACAUUUGGUCCAAGGCCACUCAGAAUGCAUUGAAAGCGAAGAAGCCUGUCCUGGUGUUCUUCUAUGGAGGCAGAUAUACCAUUGGAAACACCGACAGCCCGUUUUACUCUGGCAAAUACUUUGCCGACGCCGAGGAUAUUGUCGUCGUUACGGUCAACUACCGAAUCAACAUUUUCGGCUUCCCUGGUGCCCCCGGCGAGACGCAGAACCUCGGUCUCCGCGAUCAGCGAGCGGCCGUCGAGUGGGUUCGAGACAACAUCAAGCAGUUCGGCGGCGACCCCAGCAAGAUUACCAUCUCGGGCCAGUCUGCGGGAGGUGUUGCUGUUGACUACUGGACCUACGCAUACAACAAGGAUCCCAUUGUCAACGGCGUCAUUGCGCACUCGGGCAAUGUCUUCAGCUUCCCCGUCAACGCCCCGGGCGUCCCCGAGAAGAAUUGGGACACUGUUGUGGCGGCUGUGAACUGCACUUCUGCCAGCGAUGUCAUGUCUUGCAUGCGUCAGGCUGACUGGACAAACAUCAAGGCCGCUGCGGCUGGCAUCAAGCCCACGCCGAGCAGCAGUGUUCUGCGUUCCAUUCCUGCGUUCUACCCGAUCCCGGACGAACAGAUUGUAUUCUCUGACUAUCUCUCAUUGACCAAGGCUGGUAAUUUUGCAAAAGUGCCUCUCUUGUUGGGAAAUAACAACAAUGAGGAUGGAUACUAUCGCAUCCCGGCCUUCGCCUCUGGCAUCGUGCCGACCGCUGACCAGGUGGUGUCUUUCCUGCUGGAAUCUUUCACCUGUCCCGUGUCCCACCAGGCCAAAGCUCGACGCAACCGCGGGGUGCCAGCCUGGGCUUACCGAUACAUGGCUGACUGGGAUAACACUCGUCUCUAUCCCACCAGCGGUGCUUAUCACGGCGUCGAUCUUCACAUGAUCUUUGGAGCGUCCGCGGAUGUCAGCGGAUUGCCCACGACCGCAGACCAGAGAAGCCUCACGAAGCUGAUGCAACACGCUUGGUUUACCUUUAGCAACAACCCUUCCUCAGGCCUCAGCAGCCUUGGAUGGCCUCAGUUCAACGAGAAGAAGGCCUCAUUGAUCGUGCUUGGCCAAAACAACAGCCCCAAGGCACAGUUUGUGUCUCCGUCGGUGUUUGACCUUACAUGCCCUAACAUUACCUUGGCUGGUUUGGGAAGUGCUGUAUCCACAGUGGCCGAUGCAGUAUUGCGGCCGCUGUUGGAGUAUUAG